CACGUCACUCCCCGAUACAAAAGCGUUCCCGUCAACCGUCUUGUUGGCUAUUGACGGUGAGACGGGCAACGAGCUAGAGCCAGAAAGAAUGUUGAAAUGACGGAGUGUAAAGGCCAGAACAGUCUGCAUAAAUGACAGACUAGUCGAUGUUGCGAUUAACGAUGACUGACUGUAGAUAGAAUCUUAUGCCGACCUAGAUUAUGUUCUGAAAGCUUCAGCUUCCUACCACGGAAUCAUAGUUGCCAGCAUCCCCCUCCAACACACUCCUUCCUUUUCCUCCAAGAUGGCCGAUGACACGGUAUUCCUACCAAACGAUAACCAAGCCUCGAUGCUGUCCCCAUUUGAGCCAACCCCCGACAACAACGGCCCCGAAAAGAGCAUGGGCCAGAACGGGAUCGGGGAUGGCGGACCCGACCCAAUCCCAAUGGGGGAUGUGGCCUCAAAUGGACAAUACACGCCGGACGAUAACGGAAUAGUGAAUUCCGGGGUGGACAUUAAUGGGAUGGUUGUAGACUCACAGGGAGAGCCGGACGCGGCACCUUGCGAAGCUUUCAAACCCGAAUCCCUGCCUAAGGAACCCCAGGGAAUCACCAACCGAGUCCCCUCCCCCUCCCAGAUCCCACCGCCCUCUCCACAGGGGAAGACCUCCCCUCAGCAGUCCCAAUCUCCGCGUAGGGGAACGCCCACAAAGAUACCCUCGCUGAAGCAGCGACCGAGGUCCGUCGGUUCCUAUGAGGAGACGGUGAAGCAGCGGUCGCCAAAGAGCACCAUCUCCCCGCGACCUAACUCCUGCGUGAUCAAAUCAAGCACUGGAAGAGCUGACAGCAGUAAGGACAACUACACGGCAGGUGGUGGUGGAAACGUGAAAAUCGUUGACAAUAAGCUCGACAUGUCUGGAGUCAAGCCACGUACCAUCAGCCACUCAAAUCACAAGCCAGGAGGUGGCAAUGUCAAGAUCUUUGACCAGAAAAUGGACUACUCUCACGUCAAAGCAAGAAGUGAUAUCGGCAGUGGAAAGACCAGCCCCAGGAGAUCCACUUCUUCGGAGCCCACAUCUCCUCGUAUCAAGACAGCGCCCAACCCACUCCCCAACACUAAGAAUGUUCAGUCCAAGAUUGGCUCCAAAGAUAACCUCAAGCACACCCCAGGAGGAGGCAAGGUGAAGAUACAGUCAGAAAAGGUUGAUUUCAGCACAGUACAGUCGAGAUGCGGUUCCCUGAAUAAUUCCAAGCACAAACCCGGGGGUGGAAAUGUCAAGAUUUUUGAUCAGAAGUUAGACAUCAGCAUGUAUGUUAGGAGCCGUGUAGGCUCAUUAGACAAUUCAUACCAUACACCAGGGGGCGGGAACCUCAAGCUCGUCUCUGAGAAGCUGGAUUUUGAAAAGCGAGCCAAGAGCAAAGUGGGUUCCUUUGACAACGUCCGCCACAGCCCAGGGGGAGGAACUGUCAAGAUUGAGACAAAAAAGUUAGACUUCAGUAAAACCGCCUCCAAAGUUGGCUCCAAAGACAACAUCAAGCACCAACCACAGGGUGGAAAUAAAAAGAUCAUCAACGAGAAAGUGGAAUUCAAAGCAGAGUCCAAGAUUGGAUCCAAGGACAACAUCAAGCACCAGGCUGGCGGCGGUAAUGUCAAGAUUGUGAAUGAGAAAGUGGACUUUGGCACCAAGGCAUCGUCAAAGAUUGGCUCGAAGGAUAAUAUUGACCACAAGCCGGGAGGGGGAAAUGUUAAGAUUGUGGAUGAAAAGCUGGCAUUUAAGGAGGCAGCCUCACCUAGGACAGACACUGGAGCUAAGGAGCCCAGAUCACCUAGAGGGUCACAGUCCCGGUCAUCUCGAGGGUCUAGGACAUCGGUGGAUUCACAGGAGGCAGUCUUUGUUGAGUGAAGCCACACUCUUUCUGAUGUCAUAGGCUUAACCUGUGAUUUCCUUUGACAAACCCAUCGAUUGUUUUAAUGCUCAACAGAUCAAGUGAUGUCUCCUCUAAGAAUUUGUAAAGCUGUUUGAUGAAAACAAGAAUACAUAGACAGGUAAUUCCAGAAAUUAGGGGUCUAUUUUUUUCGUGUCCCUGUCACA